UUCUGCUCCUACAACGCCGUAAUUUUGAUUGCUUUAGUUUUUUGAAUUCAGGUUCGAUAUGGAGAUUGAGAGAAACGUUUCAGUCCCUGGUAAGAAGAAUCUAGUUAAAGUCGAGUUCAAGCUUGGGACAGAGAGCUACAUCAUUGAUUCAUCAAACAAGGGUGAUACUGUGUUGGACCAAUUGGUUUCGAUGAAAGUUGAAAGUAUGAAGAUACUUAAAGAUUUUAUCAUAAAGCUUAAUGUUCCAGAUGAUGAUGAUGUUCCCGACCAAAUCUUGUCUGAUGAUGAAGAAGGUGAUGAUGAUGUUGCUUCUCCUGUAAUAUGUCCUGUGAAACCUAAGAAGACAAAGAUUUGA